AUUCGAUAGCAGUACGACUUUGUUGGCCUAGCAGGCAGCCGAUCUCAGUACAACGUGAAUUAUAUCAAUUGGAUACAACAUAUCACACGUUGGAUACGUGUUGCAGGUUAAACUCGAUCAACUAUCUUUUCAGCGGAUAGCAAGUGCAGUCCCAAGGAAGUGUUUUGAAACCAUCCGAGAGGACAAAGUGAUAUCUUUCGGUUAAAGGCCAACACAUAGUUCUUCACAAUGACAGGACUGACGGGAAGUGCGAAUUGCAUUAAAUAUGUUUUAUUUGCAUUCAAUUUUGUAUUUGUGAUCACUGGUAUCAUUUUAAUAUCAGUCGGCGUAGCGGUUGCAGCCGUAUACGACAACUAUACACUUUUCCUGGCAUCAAACUUUUUCUCCAUUCCAACACUACUAAUCGUAACAGGAGCCUUCAUCUUCGUUAUCGCCUUCUUCGGUUGCUGCGGUGCAAUUAAGGAGCAUUAUUGCAUGAUCUUUUCAUUUUCCGUCCUCCUUGGAUUAAUUUUCAUUCUGGAGUUGGCCGGAGGAAUCAGUGGAUACGUUCUUCGAAAUGAUGCUGAGUCACUGAUUAAGGACAAGCUUCGUUCUACGAUGCUGGAAUAUAAUCAAACGAAUAAAUUAGAUGUUGCUUAUCUAUGGGAUGAAGUUCAAAGAGACUUCCAUUGUUGUGGAUUGAACAACUAUACGGACUGGCUAGAUACUUACCAUGGAAUUCCAGUAAGUUGCUGCUCCUUCGAGACUGGUGCACUAAAUGUCACUUCAUGCCAGAACAUCGAAGGUAAUACGCGUCUUUAUGAGGACGGAUGUUUGGAAAAGUUCAGCGACUUUAUCAGCGGCCACGCCGUAAGUUUGGGAGCAGCGGGUAUCGUUAUAGCGGUCAUCCAAUUUGUUGGUAUAUUCUUCGCCUGUUACAUUGCACGAGAAAUAAGAAUCAAACAUGGAGGAACAGGACCCUUCUAGGAUAUUGCAUAUGUAAACUUUAAGUAUUUUCUGCUGUAAAUAAACAAAAUAAAUUAGUUAAAGAAAACAACAACCAGA